UAAAAAACAAAAAAAAAAAGCCAUAGGGGCAAAACAAAAAAAAGCCAUAGGGGCAAAUAAAAAACAAAAAAAAAAAGCCAUAGGGGCAAAGAAAAAACAAAAAAAGCCAUAGGGGCAAAGAAAAAAUCAAAAAAAGCCAUAGGGGCAACAAAAGCAAAAAAAUAAAACAGAAUAAUUUUGAAAAAAGCCACAGGGGCAUUAAAGAAAAGAAGCUAAAACUACAAAUUUUACUUGCUUCACAAAACAAGGAAAAAUGGCGUCGAGACAUAACUUGUAUAAGCUCCAAAGCCUACUCCUUAAAGAAGUAAUUGGGAUUAAGGAAAAACUGCAAGCAGGCAUGGUUCGGAAAGCAGCCAUGGGUGACACACUACGAUCCCUGGAAAGCAAAAUGAAGGAAGCCACUACGAACCACGAAAUGCUGAGAGUGCAUGGCGAAAACACUGAUCCCUAUUUCAAAGAAAAUGUUUGGGAUCUCAUCAACUUGAACUAUGGAAAAGCAAAGGAACUCCUAGCGAGUUUGGAAGAAGAGGUCGAGCGAGAACCGCAAAGGGUAAUAAAAGAAGCAGAGCCCGAAGUGCAUGGGCUAAUGCUCGAUCAACAGUUAAAGGCCUUCCAAGAGGAAAUGCAACAACAAAUGCAACAAUUUAUGUUGAUGUUCGAGAAGAAUAAAAGAGAAAAUGAGGAAGAAAGACAAACCCAUAUAGAAUCAUCACCAAUGGGCAAUCAGGCGAAUAUAAAAGUAAGCGCAAUCAUCUACCAAUUCAGGAAAAAAGUAAACAAACUCGCCGAUGCCGUUGAAUGCGAUUUAGCUGGACUAUCAAAAUAUGCUUUGGAGUACAUGAAGUCAUCGUGGGAGAAGCAUAUGGAUGAAAUUAGGAAAUUGCAUCUCGAGCUCUCAACGGUGCAUGGAAUGGAAGAGGUAGAUCUCGAAUUUGAAGAAAUUGAAGAAAAGUUUGAGAGCAAAAUGCAGGAUAUGAUAAGAAGGAUAGAUGGUCUUAAAGAGGAGUCGCUGGAAGUAGAACUAAAAAGAGUUCAAAUACCAUCCUUUAGUGGUCAUGUGGAAGAGUGGAGUUCAUUUCACGAUUUAUUUAAAAAGAUGAUUGAUGAAAACUCCAAAUUAUCAAAAGUUCAAAAACUGUACUACCUCAAGACAAAUCUAAAAGGAGAGGCAUUUCGCUUGGUGCAACAUCUUCAAGUGACCGAGGCAAAUUAUGAAGCAGCAUGGGAAUUACUGGAAAAAAGAUAUGGCAACAGGAGAAUUUUAUUCACUAAAUUGGUAGAUAGAAUACUGGACCAUCAAAACAUCAACAGCCUGUCAGCAAUAAGCAUAAGAAAUUUGCUGGACAAUGUAAAUGAAAGUAUUCAGGCGUUGAAAGCAAUGGAUAUUCCCCUAGAGCAAGCGGAUCCCAUUUUAGCCCGAAUAAUUAUACGGAAACUGGAUAAGGAUGGGCUUAUUCUUUAUGAGCAGAAUGUAAAGAAAUCCAAGGACAUCCAAAAACUUGAGGAUGUGAUGGACUUCCUGGAGCAGCAGUUUCAAGCCUUGGAAGCUUCAGUAGGCAGAAAACACAAUAACAUAGGACUGUACAAACUCCAAGAAAAAUCAGCAGUGGUAGCGGAAUUAAAACAAUGUAAGUUCUGUAAAAUGAGCGGACAUGAUAUCGCAUGGUGCAGAAAAUUUUCGGCGUUAUCUUCGAAUGAAAGAUACAAUUGGGCAAGAUCAGCACAGGUCUGCCUCAGAUGCUUAAGCCACAACAAGGAUAAAAAAUGUUACAAUGAAAUUAAAUGCCAGAAGUGUGGAAUGAAUCACAUCACAGUGAUGCAUUUAGAGCGAAGAGGACAUACGAAAGCAAUGACCACCAAUACAACAACAAAUGUUCUGCUAGCAACAGCCCAAGUUCGUAUAAAAUCACUGCAUGGAGAAUUUGUAACAGUCAAAGCGCUGAUAGACCAAGGAUCACAAAUUACAUCCAUAUCAGAGGACGCGGCUCAACUGUUGCAGCUACCAAAGAAGAAGACAGAAGUGAGGUUACAAGGUCUAGGAGAGACCCUAGUUGGCGUGGCGAAAUCUAAAGUUGCACUGGAACUACGACCCAGAUUUUUGAGCAACAUAAUGAUUAAGGCAGAAGCACUAGUCCUUCCAGCACUUGCAUCAGCACAUCCCGACAGAAGGUUUCAAUAUGACGUGGAUAAAUGGAGAAAUGUAAAUUUGGCAGAUCCAAAUUUCAACAGCCCGGAAAGAAUCGAUUUAGUCAUUGGAGCCGAUCUUUACUCACAAAUAUUGGAAGAAGGAGUUCGCCACGAUGAGCAAAUUGUGGGACAAAAUACGAAGUUGGGUUGGAUUUUAUCUGGAACAGUAGUAGUAAAUCCUGGAUUGAACAUAAAGAAAUCGGCAGCAACAACAACAAUUGAGAGGUUCUGGGAAAUAGAGGAAAUAGAAGAUGAAAAAACGACCGAAGAAGACGAAUACUGCCUUAAGUUAUAUGAAGACACAACACGCCGAGACAAUUCAGGAAGAUUUGUCGUGCGUUUGCCGUUAAUUGAAGAAAAAGAUUUGGGAGAUUCAUAUAAAAGAGCCAUGGCGAGGUUUAUAAACUUGGAAAAAAGAUUAGAAAAUAAUGCGGAAUUAAAGUCAGAGUACGAGAAAACAAUGAACGAGCUCAUAUCCAUGGGCCAAAUGGUAAAGGUGGAUCCAAGUAAGAAGGCUUUGUAUUAUAUGCCGCACCAAGCAGUGGUACGUGAAACAAGUCUAACCACAAAAGUUAGAGUGGUAUUUGAUGCUUCAUCGACAACUUCAAAUGGGAAGUCGCUGAAUGACAUACUUCACGUGGGACCAAGGCUUCAAAAAGAUAUAUUUGACAUUGUAACAAAGUGGAGAUCGUGGAAGUUUGUCAUCUCAGCUGAUGUGGAGAAAAUGUUUCGUCAGAUUAAAGUUGAAAAAGAAGACCAGGAAUACCAACAUGUGUUGUGGAGGAGUAAUCCGUCGGAGCCUAUCCAACAAUAUAAACUUACUACGGUAACAUAUGGCACUGCAUCAGCACCAUUUCUGGCUGUAAGAUCGCUCAUAGAAAUUGGAAAUAGGUGCCAGAAUCAAGAAAUCGCUCAGAGGAUCAAAGAAGAUUUCUACAUGGACGACCUUUUAACAGGAGCGAAUACAAAACAAGAAUGCAGGGAGGUGCAGAAGAAGAUAACGCUGCAACUGGAGGAUUAUGGGUUUCAUUUAAGAAAAUGGAUAUCAAACUCUCCUGAAGUAUUGAGUGCGGUGAAAUUGAAUGAAGAAAAUGAAGUGCUGAGAAUAGAAGAAGAUGAAUGCUUGAAAACAUUGGGAUUACAAUGGAAUCCACAGAUCGAUUGCUUUACAUUUAGUAUGCAAAUUAAAAAAGAAGACAAGUUGACAAAACGAAUAGCAUUGUCAAGACUGGCACAAAUAUUCGAUCCAUUAGGUUGGCUGACGCCAGUCACGGUAACAGCAAAACUAUUUAUACAGCAGUUAUGGAUACAACAAAUAGAAUGGGAUGUGCCAUUGGAGGAGAAAUUGAGUGGAGAUUGGCGGCAGUUUACAUACAGUCUGCCUGCUUUAGAAAAUUUAAGGAUUCCAAGAUGGUUUGGAAUAUUGGAAGACAAAACUGCACAGUUACAUGGGUUUGCAGAUGCUUCCGAGAAGGCUUAUGCAGCAGUCGUAUACCUUAAGGUAAAUUCGCAGGUGACCAUAGUAGCUGCAAAAAGUAAGGUAAAUCCAGUAAAAAAUAGGAAGACGCUUCCAAAGCUGGAACUUUGUGCAACACAUCUAUUGGCUAAACUACUACAGAAGAUCAAAGGAGUAUUGAAGUCAGCAACACCAACUUUUGCUUGGAGUGAUUCCAUGAUUUCCUUGGCAUGGAUUCACAACUCCAAAAACAAGGAUAAGUUCAUAAAAACAAGGGUGAUGGAUAUUUUGGAGAGAAUACCCGAAGCGAAAUGGGGCUACGUCAAGUCAAAGGAGAAUCCAGCAGAUAUGGGUUCAAGGGGUGUCCCACCGGAGACUUUGACAAACAAUACAUUGUGGUGGGAAGGCCCGAAUGGCUGAAAAAAGAUGAACAAGAUUGGCCAAAAAGCAACAUAAAUCAAACAGUAGCAACAACAGUAAAGUUUUCGACUGAAAACCACUUAUAUGAAAGUAUGAUGAAGUAUUCGUCAUUUAAGAAACAGAUACGUGUAAUGGCUUAUCUACUGCGUUUUAUAAAAGGG